AUGGAAUACUCGAGACAGUCGCACGCCCGCAGAGGCAUGACGCUGGGCAAUGUUAUUGGCGAUCCAUUUGCCUUGGCCACAACUUCGAUUGCAGCACUUGCCUGGAUUAUUGGCAUGAUUAGUUCUAUUAUCGCCCAGAUCCAACCCAUACCAAAAGGCGAGCAAGGAUUUCCAACUUUCUCAUGGUGGAGCAUCGUAUACAUGUUUUUCCUCAUUGCUGGCGUCAUGAUUGUCGUCGCAGCUGAUGCCGCUCAAACUUACCACGUUGCACUUGUGGGAUACUUGGGCGCUGGAUUGGUCUUGACUUCAUCGUCCGUCAAUUCCCUUGUCUAUUCGUCGAGCGCUGCCCGUGAGGCCGCCGCUGCCGGAUUCAUCCUGCUCUCCAUGGUCAAUAUCGUGUGGAUCUUCUACUUUGGCUCCGCCCCCUCGGCAACUCCACGUGCUUACCUCGACUCGUUUGCUUUGACCAAGGAGAUGCCCCAGAACAGGCAGACGAUGAAUGGUGGUUAUGGCGGGCGGCCCGAGACGUCGGUCUCCAACCAGCCACCGCAAAUGUAUACAUCGGCACAGCUCAACGGUUUUGAGAACCCAUCGCCCGUUGCUGGCUUCUCUGCCAAUGUGACCCCCCGCUCGCCUGCUGCACAACCCAUGGCAGCACCUCAAAAGGAGAGCGAGAUUGCGCAGCCGACGGAAUAUCCCUAUCGUGCCAAGGCCAUCUAUAGCUACGAAGCCAAUCCUGAUGAUGCGAAUGAGAUCUCCUUUUCCAAGCACGAAAUUCUGGAGGUCAGCGACGUCAGUGGCAGAUGGUGGCAAGCACGUAAGGAGAGCGGCGAGACAGGUAUUGCGCCUAGCAAUUACCUGAUUCUGUUAUAA